CAGAAUUGUUAUGUAGUGCCAAAGCACAGAAAAAUGGUUGCAAAUAUUUUUGAGCGAAUUUUCAUAAGCUGUUUAUUAUACCGUUAUGCAUUUGCACAGAACACGGACAUCCACGUAUACAGAACGGAUUAUGACGAGUUCAUAAUAUUCAACAAAGACACGGAAACCUGGAAGGGUGCACGUGAUAUAUGCCGUGAGCAUACAGCAAAUUUGGUCUCACUCGAGUCACAGAGAAAGCUCAUAGCUUUGCAUAUGUUUCUAUUUGCCAACGAUUUCUUACAGACAACGGUGAAUAAGGCAGAUCGCGCUUUUAUAUAUUGGAGCGGUGGCAAUGAUCUAACAAGCCCGGGUACUUUUGAGUGGGAGGGCACGGGCAAGGCAUUUAACUAUACACAUUGGCUACAUGAGCAACCGGUGCACAUUGAAAGCGGCGGCUGUAUACAAUUUGGCGGUGGUGGUUUUGGACGUUGGUCCAUAGAAAAUUGCGAUACUAAGCGGUUAUUUGUUUGUGAGCGUAUGAAAAAUUAAUUACAAAAAUUAGUAUUUUUUUCCUAAAUUUUUGCACGA